AUGCUGAAAUCAGCUUCUGGUGUAUUAGCCAAUGUCCUGAAAAGGUCCUUGGUGCCUGCUGCUAGGGUCAGUGCAGUCGGAUCCGUGCGAAGGGCGCACGGCGGCCCUGUUGAAUCCGAUGAAGACUUCGAUUGCAGAUAUGAAACCUUCUUUAACAGAAAAGAUAUCGAUGGCUGGGAAAUUCGUAAGGCUAUGAAUGACCUGUGUGGUAUGGACCUUGUACCUGACCCAAAAAUCAUCAAGGCAGCACUCCACGCUUGCAGACGAGUGAACGACUAUGCACUUGCAGUCAGAUUCAUUGAAGCUUGCAAAGACAAGUGUGGCCCUAAAGUGAAUGAAAUCUACCCUUACAUCAUUCAGGAAAUAAAGCCCACAUUAACCGAGCUGGGCAUUGAAACACCAGAGGAACUUGGCUAUGAUAAACCUGAAUUAGCAUUAGAGAGUGUCUUUGAAAUCUAA